CGCACAUCAACGCACUCAAGAAGCGCUAUGCUUCUUAUUAUAAUAUUGCAGCUUCUGCUCGAUGUCAAGGUUGGUUGCAUGUAUGCCUUUGCGGUUGUAGAGUCCCAUCAAGACGCUUCGGCGGAUUCUCGGCGUCGCUCUUCACUUCGCACUAGCCUUUGAGCACUGCCUCCUCAAGUAUAGUUUGACCAAGCACAAGCUAGCACGUCCAGGACUAUAUGAGAACGGUGUUACCGACGUGGCGGUCUACUGCAUCUCAAGUGAGAGGACUUGCCGACCUCAUUGCAUACCAGCCGUUCCACCGACGCUCUAGCGUCGUCCAGUGGCGGACAUGCAUCACUCAUCGAGGGAGGGCAGACCGGUUCGCCUCGAGCGCACAUGCAUACUCAUAUGCCACGCCGUCCUAUGAAGUCUCUCGAAAGCAUGAUCAAACGUCCACCAUCUACGCACUCUCCACUGCUCCAGGUCGAGCGGCUAUUGCGGUGAUCAGAAUAUCCGGAUACGCAUGCCUGGACAUUUAUAGAAGAUUGUGUCCGGGGAAGGCCUUGCCGAAACCACGGUAUGCCACUGUGAGGACACUACACGACCCGAAUAAGCGACCCGCACCGGAAACGGUGCUCGAUGCGAACGCGUUGAUCUUCUACUUCCCAGCACCGCGGACAGCAACCGGUGAAGAUGUCCUCGAACUGCACGUACACGGUGGGACUGCUGUGGUGAAAGCAGUUCUAUCUGCUGUGCCUACGUGUGCGAGUGAGGGCGACUUCAAGAGCAUUCGCUACGCCGAGGCUGGCGAGUUCACAAAGCGAGCCUUUCUCAAUGGCCGCCUUGACCUCACACAAGUUGAAGCAUUGGGUGACACACUCGCUGCAAUUACUGAGGAACAACGACGCCUGUCUAUGCGCGCCACGACGAGCACUCUGUCAAAGCAAUACGAAGAAUGGCGAAGGCAACUGUUAUACGCUAGAGGCGAGCUUGAAGCCCUGAUCGACUUCAGUGAGGAUCAACAUUUCGAUGAGAGUCCUGCUGAGCUGUGUAGAUCUGUCUCUACGCAAGUCCGCAAGCUCAGGCGGACGCUGCAGAUUCAUAGUGCUAAUGCCACACGAGGUGAGCUGCUCCGCAACGGGAUCAGCGUAUCGUUGCUGGGCGCACCAAAUGCUGGCAAAAGUUCAUUGCUGAAUCGCAUCGUCGGUCGGGAGGCGGCGAUUGUCAGUCAAGAAGCCGGCACCACUAGGGAUGUGGUCGAAGUCGGGCUUGAUAUUGGAGGCUUUCUCUGCCAACUUGGUGAUACUGCCGGCCUGCGCAAAGCACAGAAAGCGAUAGCCCAGCAGCCUGGCGCCGAAGGUGCCCUAGGAUUGGUUGAAGAGGAAGGCAUGCGCCGAGCGAGAGCUAGGGCCAGUGACAGCGACGUGGUCAUUGUUGUAACCAGCUUUGAGGCUAUUGGCGGCAGGAUUGAGUUUCCACUGUACUCAGAGGUCGUAUCUAGCGCAGCCGAGCUGGUUUGCACGAAGAACAACGUUAUCGUUGUGAUCAACAAGACUGACCUGGCAGAGCCUGUUGGCGUUGAAGCUGCUGUGGAGAGGCUAUUGGCAGCACUGCCUGGACUUGAUCGAAGUAGGAUCUACUGCGUGUCUUGCAAAGAGGCUGAGAACGAACGUCUGCAUGACGAUGGACCAUAUUCCGAUUCGGGAAAGAUCCAGACCUUUCUGCAGGGCUUGAUUGUGCACUUUCAGCAGCUUACCGCAGCCUUGUCGCCAGAGUUUGAUUCGAACGCAUCCAUAUGGCAAGAGUCAUUGGGUGCUUCAGAACGCCAUCGACUACUGCUGGAGGAGUGUCUCGGCUUCUUGGACGACUUUCUAACUGCAGUUCAGCCAGAGCUGGCGUCAGAGGGCGGCAUCGGGGAUUCGGAGCAAGAAACGGACAUUGUAGUUGCGGCUGAGUAUUUACGUGGGGCUGCUAACUGCCUUGCUAAAGUCACUGGUAAAGGCGAGGCCGGAGAUGUGGAAGAAGUGCUCGGUGUGGUGUUUGAGAAGUUUUGUGUAGGCAAGUAGUACGCUUCAGAGAGCCUGCCCUAUCCCGCUUAUUCCAGGCUUGACUACAGAAAGGAUAGCGAAGCGUCAUCCGACGCUCCGCAGACCAUCUAGGCCAUCAUUAUGUCGUACCGUGUAACUGAAACAACCAAAUUCCGUGAAUGCCAGGAUCAACGUCAUGCCCCCGAACAUGCUCCAUCCAUUUCCGUGCCCGUAACUCCUCGCUUGAACGCUAUCAAAUGUCGAAAUGCUGGUGCUCGCUUGAACGCUAUCAUUUUGUCGAAAUGCCGGUAUUCGCUUGAACGCUAUCACUGUGUCGUACUACUGCCGUGGAGUUGUAUGCGUCAUGGGUGUGACAUGAUGACAUGAUGCCGUGUUUCGUAUUAUGUGUUGUGGUGAAGAAUGCUGCGAAA